AUGUUCUUCGGAGGAAUUCCUUUCGGCGCGGGCGGCGGCUUUGGCCACGGUGCUCCGCAAAGCGCCAACAACACGAGUUUUUACGAGAGACUCGGAGUUCCGCGCAAUGCGUCUGCUGCGGACAUUAAGAAAGCGUACAGACGCGCUGCAAUGAAGGCGCAUCCGGACAAGGGCGGCACGGAGGAGCAGUUUAAAAAGCUGAAUGAGGCGUACGACGCCCUCUCUGACGAGAAAAAGCGGCAGAUCUACGACGAGUACGGCGAGGAAGGUUUGCAGGGCAUGGACGGCUCGGGCGGUGCCGACUUCGGGAACGAUUUGUUUAGCAUGUUCUUCGGCGGCGGCCAAGGCCGCGGCCGGCAGCGCGGGCCGAAAAAGGGCAGCUCGGUGGAAAAAGCACUUCACUUUACGCUGGAAGAGUUUGCGGCGGGCGUCGUGAAGAAGUUACAGAACACGAGAAAAAUUGUGUGCGCCUCGUGUCGCGGCGAGGGCGCGGCGCCAGAGCACAUCACCGUUUGCAACGAGUGUAAGGGUUCGGGCAUGCGCGUCGUCACCACGCGCGUGGGCCCGAUGAUCACGCAGACGAACACGACCUGCGGCGACUGCCGCGGCCGCGGGAAGCGCGUGGACCGUGACAAGUUGUGCAAAAACUGUAGCGGCGUGGGAACGGUUAUGUCUAACGACAUGAUCGAAGCCAUUUUGCCCUCUGGCGCGCCCGCGAACUAUCGCAUCGUGCUUUCGGGCAUGGCGGAGGAGCAGCCGGGUGAGCUGCCGGGCGACCUGAUCAUUGUGGCGCAAGAGAAGCCGCAUCCGCUCUUCGUGCGUCGCGGCGAGCACCUGAUCUACAAGGCGAAGAUUUCGCUGAAAGAGGCGCUCUGUGGGCACACGAUCAGUUUGAGCGACGUGCUCGGCGAGAAAAUUUUCAUCAAAGUCACGAACGUCGUGUCGCCGAGCGGCGUCUACGUCGUUUCCGGCUACGGCAUGCCUUUCAUGAAGAACAGCGCGAAGCGCGGCAACCUGUACAUUCAGUACGAAGUGGAGUACCCGAAGCAG